AAAAAAACUGUUCCUUUUUCUUCUCUUUUCAUGGAUACUUUAAAGAGAAGACAUAAUAUUUCUCAGGCACCGGAUUCUCCACCGCCAAAGUAUUCUGAUACUUAUGAACCCGUUCCUUUAAGUGAUGAAAAGUUCAGUCCCACCAUCUCUGAAAAGGAUGGUAAGGUCUUUAGAAAGAAUUACAAUAACAAGGCCUUGACUUUCUUGUAUACAUAUCAAAAUGUAAUUGCGUUGUCCGUCUUGUCACUGUUAUCUUUUUAUACACGUUUUCAUCUCAUUGGCCGAUCAAGAAAAGUUAUUUGGGAUGAGGCACAUUUCGGAAAGUUUGGCUCUUACUACUUGAAAAAUGAAUUCUAUUUUGAUGUCCAUCCACCUCUUGGAAAAAUGCUAGUAGGAUUUUCAGGAAAAUUAGCAAACUACAAUGGCUCAUUUUCGUUCGAUUCUGGUAUCUCUUAUCCUGAUGAUUUGGAUAUCGAUACCAUGCGUAUCUUUAACGCAGCUUGGGGUGCCAUGCUCGUACCUGUUGCUUUCUGUACCGCUCGACAAUUCAAUUUAUCGGUGCAUGCCUCCGUACUGGCCGCAUCCAUGGUUUUAUGUGAUAAUGCAUUGUUAACCAUCAGCCGAUUUGUCUUGCUGGACUCCAUGCUGUUGUUCUUUACUGGUGCCACCUUUUUGGCUUUGGCAGGAUUUCGUGCGCAAAGAAACGAAUCCUUCUCAUUAAAAUGGUGGACCUGGCUUUGCGGACUUGGUGUAUCGUUGGGUUGUGUAUUAAGUGUCAAAUGGGUUGGAUUAUUUGCUGUUGCUUUGGCCGGCGUAUAUACACUGGAAGAUCUGUGGGAUAUGUUGGGCGACAUUCAGAUGCCUAAAAAAGUCUAUGUUUCUCAUUGGUUAGCCCGUGGUGCUUGUUUGCUGGCACUACCAAUGUCGAUUUAUUUAGCUAGUUUUGCUGCUCAUUUUUAUAUCUUGAGUAACAGUGGUCCGGGUGAUGCUAAUAUGGGAUCUCUCUUUCAAGCUAGAUUAAAUGGAAGCGUCUUUAAGGACAAUCCAUUAGAAAUCGCCUUUGGUUCCAACAUCACCUUAAAAAACUUUGGUUAUGGUGGCGGUCUCUUGCAUUCUCAUCCUAGUAGUUAUCCUGAUGGUUCCAAACAACAACAAAUUACAGGAUACACUUACCGAGAUGCCAACAAUAAUUGGCAAAUACGUCAUCCUCGUGACGCCAAUAAUAUGAUGCCAGAGGACAAUGGAGAAAUCAGAUUCGUUAAGGAUGGUGAUGUGAUUCGUCUUAAUCAUCAACUCACCGGUCGUAAUUUACAUAGUCAUCCUAUCAAUGCACCUAUCUCUACUAAGCAUUGGGAGGUAAGUGCCUAUGGUACUGAAAUGUUUGGCGAUAUCCAAGAUAAUUGGAAGGUUGAGAUUGUUAAAGAUAUCUCUGGUAUUGAUUCCAACACCGUCAAAGCAUUAACUUCUCGCUUCCGUCUUCGCCACGUAUUUUUGGAUUGUGUUUUGGCCUCCCGUAAUAUUGCGUUACCUCAAUGGGGUUUUAGACAGCAAGAAGUGACGUGUGAAAGAAAGAGUAACCCAUCCGACCCACACACUUGGUGGAACGUUGAGGAGCAUUAUAACACAAACUUGCCACCCGCACCUACUAGUGCUUAUAAAACCAGCUUCUUUGAAGAUUUCUGGCAUUUAAAUGUAGGCAUGUGGAACUCCAACAACGCAUUGAUUCCUGAUCCUGAUAAGGAUGAUCUUUUAUCAUCUGGACCUACUGAAUGGCCUAUGGUUACUGUCGGUUUACGUAUGUGCGGAUGGGAUAAUGCCAACAUCAAAUAUUAUCUUUUGGGAAAUCCUUCUGUUUGGUGGCCUUCUUUCAUCUCUAUCUUUAUUUUUGCCUUCUCUAUCGCAGCCUACAUUGUUCGACAGAAGCGACAAAUUGUUGAUAUGAAUACAGCACGAUGGACACAAUUCGUGUCAGUAGGAAAACUGGUAUUCUUUGGAUGGUUCUUUCACUAUGUUCCGUUCUUCAUGAUGGGCCGUGUUACAUAUAUCCAUCAUUACUUCCCAGCACUUUAUUUUAGUGUCUUUAUGGUUCCCUUCUUAAUGGAACACUUUUUAGUCAGCUCCAACGCCAAAACACGUCAAGCUGCAUAUGGUCUUGUGUUCACUCUAGUUGUUUCAAACUUUAUCUUUUUUAGCCCCUUCUCCUUUGGUAUGGAAGGGGAUAUUAAUGAAUACAAAAAUCGUCUCUGGUUGAGUACUUGGAAUUUAAUUGAGAAUUUCAACUAAUAUUUCAAUAAAAUAAAAAGUAGCAUAAACGAAG